CGUUCUCUCUCUCUCCCUCUCGACCCUUCGCACCGUCGACGAAGAAGAAAAUGGCGAUGAUGGUCGGCGCCGCGCCGCGCCGGCUUACGAGCCGAUCGAACCCGUUUCAGUUGGCCCGGCUCGUCGGCUCGGCCCUGAUCCGGUCGAUCUCGACCGGGUUCAGGGAGGAGUGGGACACCCUCGGCCCGGUUCAGGUUCCCGCCGACAAGUUGUGGGGAGCUCAGACGCAGAGGUCGCUGCAGAAUUUUAACAUUGGCGGCGAGCGCGAGCGAAUGCCGGAGCAGAUCAUCCGAGCAUUCGGUGUACUUAAGAAAUGCGCCGCCAAGGUGAACAUGGAGUAUGGUCUGGAUCCGACGAUUGGGAAAGCAAUAAUGCAAGCAGCUCAAGAGGUUGCGGAUGGUAAAUUGGAUGAUCAUUUCCCGCUUGUCAUCUGGCAGACUGGUAGUGGGACGCAGAGCAACAUGAAUGCCAACGAGGUGAUAGCAAAUAGAGCAGCUGAGAUUCUUGGGCAUAAGCGCGGUGAGAAGUUUGUGCAUCCAAAUGACCAUGUUAAUAGGUCGCAAUCUUCCAAUGAUACAUUUCCAACUGUUAUGCACAUAGCUGCCGUUGGGGAAAUCAACUCCAGGUUUAUACCCAGCUUGAAACAGUUGCACAGUGCACUUCAUGCAAAGACUAUUGAGUUCAAAGAUAUAAUUAAGAUUGGCCGUACUCAUACUCAGGAUGCUACUCCUUUGACGCUUGGUCAAGAAUUCAGUGGUUAUACAACACAAGUUAAAUAUGGCAUUGAUCGAAUAGUGGGCACUUUGCCUCGGAUGUAUCAGCUUGCACAAGGUGGAACUGCUGUGGGGACUGGGUUAAACACAAAAAAGGGAUUUGAUGUUAAAAUUGCCGCUGCAGUGGCCGAGGAAACAAAUCUACCUUUUGUCACAGCAGAAAACAAGUUUGAAGCAUUAGCGGCACAUGAUGCUUUUGUUGAGACUAGUGGUGCCGUAAACACAAUUGCUGCUUCUCUUAUGAAGAUCGGGAACGACAUACGGCUACUAGGAAGUGGACCACGCUGUGGACUCGGCGAGCUUAUCUUACCUGAAAAUGAGCCAGGCAGCAGUAUUAUGCCUGGAAAGGUCAAUCCCACUCAGUGUGAAGCUCUAACCAUGGUUUGUGCUCAGGUGAUGGGUAAUGAUGUUGCAAUCACAAUUGGAGGAUCAAACGGACAUUUUGAGCUCAAUGUGUAUAAGCCGCUAAUAGCUAGUGCUCUUCUUCGAUCUUUGAGGUUACUGGGCGAUGCCUCUUCAUCUUUCGAGAAGAACUGCGUCAGGGGGAUAAAAGCUAAUCAUCAAAGAAUCUCAAAAUUGCUGCACGAGUCUCUGAUGCUGGUCACAUCUUUAAAUCCUAAAAUUGGUUAUGACAAGGCUGCAGCUGUAGCCAAGAAAGCUCACAAAGAAGGAACUACACUGAAGGAAGCUGCAUUAAGUCUUGGAGUUCUCACAGAAGAAGAAUUUAACGAACUUGUCGUACCGGAGAAGAUGAUCGGCCCUUCCGAUUAGUCGCAUAGUACUAAUUUUCCUCCUUACUUUGCCCCCAAAUAAUCUAGAGCAUCUCUUUUUUGCUCCUCUACACGAGUAUUAAUUCCUCUUUUUUCUUUUCUUUCAAAUAUCUGUGCCAUGCCACUUUUGAUGUUACACUUAAUAGUUUUGAGAGAUCUACAGGGUGAAUUUUUAUUAAUGUAAAAAUAAACUAAAUAAUUUUGUCACACUUAUUCUUUGUGCUUGAAUAAUUAAUUAUUUCCCAUUUAUGAAA